UUUCUGACCCAUGAUCCCAUCCCCUAUCCCCACAACCUUUGUCGGGUCGGGUCGGUUUUCUCUUCAGGAACACUAUUUAAAUUGUAGAGCACCGCACAUAUUUUCUUCGAGAAAGAGCGAGAAAAAUCUUUGAAAAGUCAGUGGAUACAAGCUUUGGGUGUUUGGCUUCGGAGAAUAUGAGCUUUCAAGCUCGAAAUGAUCGAAGGGAUAGGACUAGAUUUCCUGUCCAAGGCGUUCGCCAUCAGUGGGUCCCGAGAGGAUCCACUGCCACUACCGUCGUGAACUUGAACCCGAACCCGAAUGCCAAUACAAACCAAAACCCGAGCCCGAGCCCGAACCCGAGCCCGAGCCCGAGCCCACCAUUGAGCUUCAAUACGAACCACGGGACUGUUGAGGACUCAAAUUAUGGUUCUGCUCCGCCUGAGAGUCGGCCUAGAAGGAAUAAUGGUCCGAGGGGUUACAUGGGUCGAUCUGUGUAUCAGAAGAGGGAGAAGGAGAAGGAGGAGAAUCAGGGGGAAAAGGGAUUAAAGGACUCUAAGGUACCUCAGCUUGUGCAAGAAAUUCAGGAGAAGCUGAUUAAGAGCACUGUCGAAUGCAUGAUUUGUUAUGACAUGGUGCGAAGGUCAGCACCCAUAUGGUCUUGCUCGAGCUGUUACUCUAUUUUCCAUCUGACUUGUAUCAAGAAAUGGGCUCGGGCACCUACUUCUGUUGACUUGUUGGCGGAGAAGAGUCAGGGAUUUAAUUGGAGGUGUCCUGGAUGUCAGUCGGUGCAGCUUACAGUGUUGAAGGAGAUUCGGUAUGUUUGCUUUUGUGGGAAGAGGCCAGACCCACCUUCCGAUCUGUAUUUGACUCCACAUUCAUGUGGAGAACUAUGUGGGAAGCCACUUGAAAGGGAGGUUCUGCGUCCUGGAGAUAGUGAGGAGGAUCUUUGCCCGCAUGUUUGUGUUUUGCAAUGCCACCCAGGUCCAUGUCCUCCUUGUAAGGCAUUUGCCCCACCACAUUUGUGCCCAUGUGGGAAGAAAACAAUUACGACACGGUGCUCUGAUCGGAAGUCUGUUCUUACUUGUGGUCAGCGCUGUGACAAGCUCCUUGAGUGCAAGCGUCACAGGUGUGAGCGAACCUGCCACGUGGGUCCUUGUGAUCCUUGUCCGGUUCUAGUCAAUGCUCCUUGUUUCUGCAAGAAGACCGUGGAGGUUGUUCUUUGUGGAGACAUGGCUGUGAAGGGAAAGGUGAAAACAGAGGAUGGUGUUUUUUCUUGUGGUUCAACUUGCGGAAAGAAGCUUUUAUGUGGUAAUCAUGUCUGCUGUGACAUUUGCCAUCCAGGCUCAUGUGGAGAGUGUGACUUAAUGCCAAGCACGGUUAAGACAUGCUACUGUGGGAAAACAAGCUUGCAGCAGGAACGGCUGACCUGUUUGGACCCGAUUCCAACCUGUUCUGAAAAAUGUGGCAAGCCCCUUCCUUGCGGGAUGCACCAUUGUACAGAGGUGUGCCAUGCUGGGGAUUGUCCACCAUGUUUGCUUAAAGUUUCUCAAAAAUGCCGUUGCGGAUCAACCUCUCGAACUGUAGAAUGCUGCAAAACAACAGUGGAAGAGAAAUUUACGUGUGAUAAGCCCUGUGGGCGGAAGAAGAAUUGUGGAAGGCACAGGUGCAGUGAGCGGUGCUGCCCGCACUCUAAUUCAAACAAUCCUCUCUCUGGGAAUUGGGAUCCACAUUUCUGCUCGAUGCCAUGUGAGAAGAAGCUUAGGUGUGGGCAGCAUUCUUGUGAAUCACUGUGUCAUAGUGGCCAUUGCCCUCCUUGCCUUGAAACAUUUUUCACUGAUUUGACCUGUGCAUGUGGGAGAACUUCCAUCCCUCCUCCAUUGCCUUGCGGCACACCUCCCCCUUCAUGUCAGCUCCCAUGUUCAGUUCCUCAGCCUUGUGGCCAUUCAUCUUCUCACAGCUGCCACUUUGGGGACUGCCCGCCUUGUUCUGUGCCUAUAGCAAAGGAAUGCAUUGGUGGGCAUGUUGUCCUUAGGAACAUACCUUGUGGUUCAAAGGAUAUCAGAUGUAACAAGCUUUGUGGGAAGACCAGGCAGUGUGGAAUGCAUGCCUGUGGCAGAACUUGUCACCCACAGCCUUGUGAUUCUUCACCUGGGCCUCUACCAGGUUUGAGAACUUCGUGUGGGCAGACAUGUGGUGCUCCUAGGGGAGAUUGUAGGCAUACGUGUAAAGAACCUUGUCACCCUUCUGCUCCUUGUCCUGAUGUAAGAUGUGAUUUCCCUGUAACAAUCACUUGUUCUUGUGGCCGGUUAACAGCAACUGUUCCUUGUGAUGCUGGAGGCAGCAACGGGGGUUUUAGUGCUGAUGCUUUGUAUGAAGCUUCCAUUAUCCAGAAGUUGCCAGUGCCGCUUCAACCAGUGGAAGCAACUGGAAAGAAAAUUCCACUUGGACAGAGGAAGCUCGUGUGUGAUGAUGACUGUGCUAAGUCGGAACGAAAGCGAGUUCUAGCAGAUGCUUUUGAUAUUACUCCUCCAAACUUGGAAGCUCUUCAUUUUGGUGAGAAUUCUGUUGUUUCUGAAGUGCUAGCAGAUCUCUAUAGACGUGAUCCAAAGUGGGUAUUGUCUGUGGAGGAGAGAUGUAAGUUCUUGGUACUUGGCAAGAGCAGAGGAACUACAAGUGGUCUUAAGGUUCAUGUUUUCUGUCCGAUGCUGAAGGAUAAGAGAGAUGCAGUAAAGCUGAUUGCCGAGAGAUGGAAGCUUGCUAUUUAUUCUGCUGGUUGGGAGCCGAAGCGUUUUAUUGUGGUUCAUGUUACACCCAAAUCGAAAGCCCCUUCUCGUGUGAUUGGGGUUAAGGUUUCGACCACUGUAAGCUCAUCCCAUCCUCCAGCUUUUGAUCCUUUGGUUGACAUGGAUCCUAGACUUGUUGUUUCUUUUCUUGAUUUGCCAAGAGAUGCAGAUAUAAGUGCAUUGGUCUUGAGGUUUGGUGGGGAAUGUGAACUAGUUUGGCUGAAUGACAAGAAUGCAUUGGCUGUAUUCAGCGAUCCUGCCCGAGCGGCCACUGCUAUGAGGAGAUUGGAUCAUGGGUCAGUAUACAAUGGAGCUGUUGUGGUUCUCCCAAAUGGUGGUGUAGCAGCAGCAUCAUCGGCUACUAGUGCCUGGGGCGGAGCAGUUGCAGCUCUAAAGGGUAACCCAUGGAAGAAGGCUAUUGGUCAGGAGCCUGGUUGGAAGGAAGGUUUAUGGGGUGAUGAAGAGUGGUCUGGUGGUGGUUCUGCAGAUAUGCAGGCAUCUGCUUGGAAAAAAGAAGCGCCCAUUGCUGCAUCAUUAAAUCGGUGGAGUGUCCUAGACGCUGAAACGUCUUUGAGUUCAUCUGCUGCUUCCCUCAGAACCGAGGAUCCUGGAAAACGGGCAGGAAGUAGUUCAGGUUCAGUCUUGGAAUCUGGUGAAAGUGGUUCGAAUUCAGCAGGGCAGCAUCAAGGUAAUUCUAGUGGAACAGAAAUGUCUGAGGUGGUUGAUGACUGGGAGAAGGCUUGCGAUUGCAUUGGCUCAAUCGCUAGGCAGUCCCAUAUCUGUCUUUCACGUUUGUUUGAAGUUCAAUAUAUAAUUAUCUUGCCAAAACUUUCCACAUUUCCAUCAACUUGUCAGUCUUUCUACCAACACAUGGAUCCUCCACUGAGUCGUUGCACCUCCUCUGAUGAGUUUAUGAGGGUGACAUGGAAGCGCACACUCCUUUUCUCAUUUCAGAGCCUUGGAGUAAUUUAUGGUCAAAUUAGUACUGCUCCCUUAUAUGUCUUUGGGACGAUUCCUGCAAAAGAUAUCAAGUCAGAUGAGGCUGUGUAUGAGCUCUUUUCAUUUAUUUUCUGGACCAUGACCACCAUUUCAUUACUGAAGUAUUCCUUUAUAGUACUGAGGGCUGAUGAUGGUGGAGAAGGUGGUACUUUUGCUUUGUACUCACUAUUAUGCAGGCAUGCCAAAGUAGGUGUGCUUCCAAUUGACAGAAGUGUGAAUGGUGUUAUGCAUUAUGAGGCGGGAAGCCCUUUGAAGAUCAAGGUGGAAUCGAGGGCUUGGAGGGCCAUUGCAAAACAUAAAAGUAGUCACUACUUGAUGUUGUGCUUAGCUCUGUUUGGUUCCUUCAUGACAAUUGGAGAGGGGGUGCUUACCCCAGCUCUUUCUGUGUUAUCAGCUUCGAAAGGUGUUCAAAGAUCAUUGUCAGCUAUGGCACAUAAAUUUUUUUCUUCACAAAGUACACAACAGUCCGUCUCAAAAGCUUUAGAAAGAUAUGUACCAGUUCCCUCUGCUUGUGCUAUACUGGUAUGCCUUUUCAUGCUGCAGCACUAUGGGACUCAUAAAAUUGGGUUUAUGUUUGCUCCAAUUAUCAUUAUUUGGCUGUUAUUUGUCAGUGGUGUGGGUAUAUAUAAUAUCUUUAACUGGAACAAACAAAUCAUCCAUGCGAUCUCCCCAGUAUACAUGUAUAGAUUUGUGAGCAAUAUUGACAUUGACAGUUGGAGAUCAUUAGGCAGCAUCGUUCUAUGUCUAGCAGGAUCAGAAACCAUGUUUGCAGGUCUAGGUCAUUUCUCGAAGAAACCAAUCAAGAUUGCAUUUCUUUGCUUGAUUUAUCCAGUUCUUAUUAUAUGUUAUGCGGGUCAGGCGGCAUAUAUAUCCAAAAACUUAUAUGUUCAAGAUUUUAAUCAUCUAACAGAAUCUGUACCUGGUCCUAUUCGCCAUCUCUUCAUUGUAUUAUCACUACUUGCCUCAGCUGUAGGAAGCCAAGCAACCAUAACAGCCAGUUUCUCUGUCAUAAACCAGUGCCUGACACUUAAUUGUUUCCCCAGAGUGAAAGUUAUUCAUACAUCAGAUAAGAUACAUGGGCAAGUCUACAUUCCAGAUGUUAACUGGUUAUUGAUGAUCUUCAGCCUCACAGUCACAAUAGGUUUUGGUGAUAUUGUGAAAAUUGGUCAUGCAACGGGUAUGGCUGUAAUUUCUGGAAUGCUUGUAACAACUUUUCUGAUGUCUCUUGUAAUUGCUCUGUAUUGGGAGAAGAGUUGGUUUUUAUCUGCAGGCUUUUUGAUAUUCUUUGGCUUCGUUGAGACCACAUAUCUGUCAGCUUCUAUGUUGAAUUUUCACAAGGGAGCUUGGUACCUUGUUGUCCUUUUGGCAUUGUCCUUGACAGUCAUGUUUGCAUGGCAUUAUGGAACCAUGAAGAAGUAUGAGUUUGAUUUACAGAACAAGGUGCCCACGGAAUGGCUGACAGAACAUAGCUCAGACCUUGGAGUUUCCAGGAUACCUGGAAUUGGCUUAAUUUACACCGAUAUGGUGACCGGAAUCCCGGCUUUCUUCUCGCAUUUCAUUACGAAUCUUCCUGCAUUUCAUCAGGUGCUUAUUUUUGUUUCCUUCAAGUCUCAACCGAUGCCUUAUGUCCCCUCAAGUAGAAGGUAUCUUAUAGGAAGGGUAGGGCCUAAAGACUACAGAAUAUAUCGUUGCAUUGUGAGACAUGGUUACUGUGAUCACAUUAGAGACACAGAUGACUUUGAGGAAGAGAUUAUUCGUUCGAUCGGAGAAUUUGUUUCCAUGGAAGAAAAUGACUUGGAAUCCCUGACAUCCCCAGAAGAAAGAAUGAUUGUUGUUGGGAGGCCAUUGCCAGAUGGAAAUGCUUUGGUUCCACUAAAUGAAACCAGCUCAAACCAUGAAUCUCAGAUAAGUCCUGUGGGUGAUGCAGUUGAGAGCAGUUGUGUUGCUGUGAAGAGAAAAAAGGUUAGAUUCAUGUUGCCUCCAGAUAGUCCAAAAAUGAGAAUAUCUGUGAGGGAGGAGCUACAAGAAAUCAUUGAUGCCAGGGAGAGUGGCACUGCAUAUUUUCUAGGGCAGUCACAUUUAGCAGUGCGUGAUGGCUCAAGCUUUGUAAAAAGGUUCCUGAUCAAGACCUACAUUUUUUGUGAUAAAAACAGUAGAGAGCCUCCAGUGGCCCUCAACAUUCCUCAUGCUGCUCUUGUAGAGGUUGGUAUGCUAUGUACCAUAUGACUAGUACAUCGUUGUAUUGAUAGUCAAAGAGAAAGAGAAACAAAAAAGCAAGGAAAAUCACUGCUAUAAUUUGUAGUUUUACAGUACUCUAGAAGAAAAAAGAAAAAUAAAGUUGAUUGAUUGCAUUUAUGGUAUC